AUGAAGUAUAGCCGACCUGCGGUUAGUUCAUCUGGUUUCUCUACUGGACAAUCCUUUAAUGUUGCAAGCUUCAUGAGAAAUGUCGAAGAGAUGCAAGGCACUUUUGAUGGCACAGUACAGUGGUGUAGUGAUCUGGCAUCUGAAAACUGGAAAAUAAGCCAUAUACUGGUCACGGAACAGGGCAGUUUAGAAUGUCAGUCUGAUUCAAAGACGAGGACAACCGUAUCUGAGAACUCUGGAAAUGCAAUAGAAAUACCGAGAAUAGAUCAUCUGCAAGGUUGCAAGAUCCAUCUGAUCGACAAGAAUAAUAAUAAUGUCCCUAUCGUUCAGGUCAUCACGAAGUCGCAAACAGAUUAUUUUCUGGCGAAGGAUAAUGCAAGCUUCGAGGGUUUGCUCUAUUCAUUAAUUUGGUGGAGUUCCUUGAACAGUAAGGGCAUAUUCAACAAGAUUUCGCUCAGACCUGCGCCUGUUGUUGAAAGUUCUGAUGGUGAAGCUGCUAACUUACUGGUGUCACAGCUUGUGGUCUAUGGACCGCUGCCAACUCGGCGUAUACCCGUCAUCAAGCAACUGUCGAGGCCGAGCUUUCUACGAAAAUCCAGGACUGAAGAAGGAUGGUUCCCAGCGAUGGGCGUCCUGAAGUCUGAUGGCAAGCUUGACCUCCUUCUGCAAAGCGAUGGCUCAUUACUUUAUUCGCUGGAUAUUCGGGCACUGCUUAGGUCUGAAAUCCGUUUACUAGAUCCAUCGCUGCAGAACGACAACAUGCUCUUCUUGGGAACCAUUUCGGAACUGAGGAAAGAAUUGGGUUUAUUCAAGAGACAGAAGUUUAUUUUAGGCGGACCUGCGGUUAAGAACGAUCCAAGUAUUAUCUUGAAGUUUCCUUUAUCGAUUGAUGUGGAAGAUUGGCUGGUUGCUUUGAAAGCUUUUGCUCUGGCAGAGUAUCUUUCCAUCACAGGCAGUCAUGACUCUGAUCGCCUUCGCUUAUCUAACAGGUUUAAACUAUCAAUUGUAGAAGGCAACUUUCCGGGAAUCAGCAAAGCUUCACACGGGGGUCUACCACAGUUGUAUGUCGAAUUAUCGAUUUGGGAUCGAACCUGGGGAAGAACCGCAAUUGUGCAAGGUACAGACGUACCAUUUUGGAGGGAAGAGUUUGUUUUUGAUGAAAGCGUCAAGAUAAAUAACCUGACGAUAGAAGUAAAGCAACGAAGUCAGAAUAAGAAAGAUGAUGAAACAGUUGGUUUUGUUAGAAUUACACAGGAAAUGAUUAAUGAUAUGUCUUUGGACAAAGAAACGCGGCUUCCGGUCCUCGAUAGCAAGAAGACACGUUUCAAUAUUGGUACCAUUUGUAUAAGGAUCGUUUCGAGUUUGAAUUUCAUACUUCCGGCGGUCAAUUUCCACAGGUUCGAAUCAGCUCUAAAUGAGGUGAAUCUUUCGCAGCUUGUGAACUCAGCUCGGAGCUUCUCGCUUGGCUCAGAUUUGGCGUUUGAGGAUAUCGCUGGUAUCCUCCUGGACGUUUUCCAGGCGCUUCAUAAGGAGGACGAUUGGUUCUCGGCGCUGAUUGACAGAGAAUUACUGGAACUUGAUGGAUCUAUCACAAAAAAUAGCCUGAACAAUAAGACUUCUACCCAUAUUUACGGCACUCUUUUCCGGGGUAAUUCAAUCUUAACGAGAUCUAUGGAGUCAUAUUUCUACCGGGUAGGGAAAGAAUACCUGGACCUAUCGAUAGGUCCUAUUCUGAGGUCCAUCAUAGAUUAUGAAGGUAGCUGCGAGGUCGAUCCAGAGCGCAUAAAGGAGAAUGAUCCUGUAAAGAAGAAAGCUGUAUUGGAUGAGAAUCGAGGACGAUUGCUAGCCAUGGUAGAGAGUAUAUGGAUAGCCAUUUACAGCACAAGUAACGACAUCCCUAUGCCCAUAAAGAACCAGAUGACUACCCUGAGGAAAAAAUUAGAGAUUAUUUGUGUUGAUGAUGGCGUUACCAGAAUACUGAACUGCGUCUCUGGCAUGUUGUUCUUAAGGUUUUUUUGUCCCGUUAUUUUGAAUCCAAAGCUAUUUGACCUUGUACGAAGCCAUCCGAGUGAACAAUCUAGAAGGACCGUCACCCUGGUUAGCAAGGUCUUGUUGAAUCUUUCUAAUCUAUCAUGUUUUGGUAACAAAGAGCCUUAUAUGAAAGGCAUGAAUUGUUUUAUUGAUGAUCAUAGAGACGAGCUUCUGGACUAUAUUGAUAAGGUCACCCAAAAAAAGCUGGACUUUGCUCCAAAGAAACUGAAGCUUACAAAUUCAGUCAUAAGGCCGAAACUUUUAAUGAGCGAGGAGAUCCUGGCUGAACUCCCAAUUAAUCCCCAUCUUAUCGAUAGGUACCUCCGAGAAACGGAGCUAUCUGCGGCACUUGCGAUUUGUGCCAUCAAUAAGAGAGAAAUUGGCAAAUUGCCACAUACUAUAAGUCUGGGACAAAUUUCCAAGAAUGCCCCAGGCAUCAAAGUUCCAAUUGAUGGCAGAAGGACGGAGAUAAGCAAUUUGGAGUUCAUCGAGAAAACUACGAGCAAUGUCGAAAUUUCCGACCAGAAGCCUUCCAAACAUCUAGAGCAAAAUUAUGAGACUGUGGUUGAAAAUAAUAGAGAAGUGAAUGCGGACGCCCAGAGUGAGAUGAUGGAACAAUUAGAAAGGGAAUCAGUGCUGCUUUACCACAAAGUGAAACAUCUAAAGCGUUUGUUAGCCGAUUAUGAGUUCCCUGUGAGGGAUUCAGAGAAGAGGCAGAUGUAUGCUCAGUUUCUGACCGACAAUACAUACUUUAGCAAAAGCAAGCAGAUACUGAUCGAUUCCCAGCACCAACUGGGAGAAGUUGAAGGGGCAAGCAGACUGUUCAAACGAGCUGAUGCUGUUAAUUUACUGGAUAAUAUUGUACCGCGUGUGAGCUCACACUCGAGCAGUUCAGGAAGCCUCUCAAGAUCUGAUAGCUCUUUCAGCGUAACGAGAAAAUUAAACAGGUUCAAGACACAAAAAGUCAAUAAUCCCGAUUUGCGGGAUAGUAGUGAUAAGGAGUCAUUGCACUCGAAUGGGAGCAGCAUCAAGCGAUGGUUCAGGCGAUGA